AUGUCGAACUGGGGUUUUUUUGGAGAUUAUGGAAAUUGGUUCUCAUCACCUAGUAGCAACAUCGCAAGAGCAAAUGCAGGAUCAGCAAACAUUUCAACGAACAUACCGACGAAUCUAGCAGCCGCUGCUGCUGCCACGAAGAGUAGAUCAACUGCUGAAUUUUUUGAUGAAGAUGAUGAUUUGGGAAUGAACAAUCCACAUGAGAAUAGUAGACAUCAUUACAAAUUCAAGUAUAGCAAAGCGUAUAAUUCAGAAGACAGGAAGAGAAGUGGUAAAAUGGAUGAUGAACCAUUAGAUUAUCGAAGCAGCAGUAGUGGAAGCAAAGAACAGGCUAGUGAUUAUUAUAUGAAAAAAAAAAGAGAAGAAAGGGGCGAAGGAAAAUAUGGAAUUGAACGGAGUGAGGAUAUAGAUGAUUAUGAGGACAGGUAUGAACGGGUGAGAAGAGGUGAAUAUAUGAGAAGCGGUGAAUAUAUGAGAAGUGGAGAACCUAUGAGGAGAGAUGAAUAUAUGAGAAGUGGAGAAUCCAUGAGAAGAGAUGAAUCCAUGAGAAGAGAUGAAUAUAUGAAAAGAGAUGAAUAUAUGAGAAGUGGAGAACCUAUGAGGAGAGAUGAAUAUAUGAGAAGUGGAGAAUCCAUGAGAAGAGAUGAAUACAUGAGAAGAGAUGAAUAUAUGAAAAGAGAUGAAUAUAUGAGAAGUGGAGAACCUAUGAGGAGAGAUGAAUAUAUGAGAAGUGGAGAACCUAUGAGGAGAGAUGAAUAUAUGAGAAGUGGAGAACCUAUGAGGAGAGAUGAAUAUGUGAGAAGUGGAGAACCUAUGAGGAGAGAUGAAUAUAUGAGAAGUGGAGAACCUAUGAGGAGAGAUGAAUAUAUGAGAAGUGGAGAACCUAUGAGGAGAGAUGAAUAUAUGAGAAGUGGAGAACCUAUGAGGAGAGAUGAAUAUAUGAGAAGUGGAGAACCUAUGAGGAGAGAUGAAUAUGCGAGAAGUGGUGAAUACACGAAAAGGAAUAAACAUGCUGGAAGAGAUGUGCUUGAGGAGUGGAAUGAUUAUGAGGAGAGAAAUUAUCAUGAGGAGAGGAAUGAACGUAUGAGAAGUGAUUAUCAUGAGGAAAGGAAUGAACGUGUGAGAAGCGAUGAUCAUGAGGAAAGGAAUGAUCGUAAGGAGAGGAAUGAACGUAUGAGAAGUGAUGAAAAUAGGAGAAGCCGUGAGAGUGUGAGAAGCAAUAAUCAUGAGGAGAGGAAUGAAGGCUUGAGAAUCGAUGAGAAUGAGGAGUGGAAUGAUCGCAAGGAGAGGAAUGAACUUAUGAGAAGUGAUUAUCAUGAGGAAAGGAAUGAACGUUUGAGAAUCGAUGAGAAUGAGGAGUGGAAUGAUCGUAAGGAGAGGAAUGAACGUAUGAGAAGUGAUGAGAAUAGGAGAAGCCGUGAGAGUGUAAGAAGUGAUGAGAAUAGGAGAAGCCGUGAGAGUGUAAGAAGUGAUGAGAAUAGGAGAAGCCGUGAGAGUGUAAGAAAUGAUGAGAAUAGGAGAAGCCGUGAGAGUGUAAGAAGUGAUGAGAAUAGGAGAAGCCGUGAGAGUGUGAGAAGUGAUGAGAAUAGGAGAAGCCGUGAGAGUGUGAUAAGUGAUGAGAAUAGGAGAAGCCGUGAGAGUGUGAGAAGUGAUGAGAAUAGGAGAAGCCGUGAGAGUGUGAGAAGCGGUGAUAGUGUGAGAAGCGGUGAUAGUGUGAGAAGCGGUGAUAGUGUGAGAAGCGGUGAUAGUGUGAGAAGCGGUGAACAUGUGAAAAAGAAAAAAAGUUCUGGAAUCGAAGAACGUAAAAAAAAAAGUGAUCGUAUGAAAAAAAUAAUUCGCUUUAAAAAGAACAAACGUACGGGAAGCAGUGAGCGUGAGGAAAGCAAAGAACGUAUGGAGAGAAAAAGUGAACGCCUGAAAAAGAGUAAACUCCUGAAGGAGCGUAAACAUUCUUUAAGCGAUGAGUACGAGGAAUGGAAGGAACUCGAGGAAAGAGCAGAACUAGUAGAAGGCGAGGAAAGUGCAGAACUAGUGGAAGGCGAGGAAAGUGCAGAACUAGUGGAAGACGAGGAAAGAGCAGAACUAGUGGAAGACGAGGAAGGAGCAGAACUAGUGGAAGAGAACAUACAUGAGGAAAAGAAAAAACUGGAGGAAAAAACAGAACCUGUAGAAAAGAAAAAACUGGAGGAAAAAACAGAACCUGUGGAAAAGAAAAAACUGGAGGAAAAAACAGAACCUGUGGAAAAGAGCAAACAUGAGAAAAAGAGCAAACCUGAGGAAAAGAGCAAACCUGAGAAAAAAACAGAACCCGUGGAAAAGAGCAAACCUGAGAAAAAAACAGAACCCGUGGAAAAGAGCAAACCUGAGAAAAAAACAGAACCCGUGGAAAAGAGCAAACCUGAGAAAAAAACAGAACCCGUGGAAAAGAGCAAACCUGAGAAAAAAACAGAAUCUGUGGAAAAGAACAAAGAUGAGAAAAAGAACAAACACGAGGAGAAAACAGAAGCUGUGGAAAAGAAAUUACUGGAGGAAAAAACAGAAGCUGUGGAAAAGAAAUUACUGGAGGAAAAAACAGAAGCUGUGGAAAAGAAAAAACUGGAGGAAAAAACAGAAUCUGUGGAAAAGAGCAAAGAUGAGAAAAAGAACAAACACGAGGAAAAGAAAAAACAUGAGGAAAAGAGGAAACAUGAGGAAAACGAUGGAAAUGGAGAAAGUGCAAACCACAAUAGUGGCGAAAGUAGCAGCGGUGGUGGUGGAGGUUUUUUCAGCAAUUUUGGAUUUUCGAACCUGUUUGGAAAUAUUGAAAUUCCUUCGUUCUGCAAUGAGUACAAAACUGGUUAUUGUUUAGAUGAAGAAGCGAAGAAAAUAUUUCCAGAGGGUAGUAGUAACACCAAUUCUACAAAAUUUGGUUCUACUAGAGGAAGUAAGAGUAGUAGCACAGGUGGUGGAUUUGGCUUCGAAAGUGGAGGUGGUAUAUUUGGUGGUGUAAAGGAUGGAGGAAAUAGUGGUGGUAUAUGUGUAGAUACAACAUAUUAUGACAUUUUAAAUGUGAAACCAAAUGCAAGUUUUAGUGAAAUUAAGUCAAGUUACUACAAAUUAGCUUUAAAAUUUCACCCAGAUAAGAAUGCCAAUGAUCCAGAAGCAAAAUUAAAAUUUCAAAAAAUAAAUGAAGCUUACCAAGUAUUAAGUGAUUCACAAAGGCGAGCUGAUUAUAACCAACAUGGACUUAAUGCAACAAAAGAUAUGGUUCUUAUAGAUCCAGCUAUUCUAUUUAUGAUGCUUUAUAGUUCAGAAGAAUUAUCUGAUUACAUUGGGACAUUACGUGUUGCCUUUUUUAUUAAGCUAGCAUUUGAACAAAAUACAUCUAUUGAAGAUAUUCAAACACAAGGUGGAAAAAUGCUUUCUGAGAUGGAAAUGGAACAAGCGAAAAGAGAAGUUGAAUUAGCAUUAAUUUUACGAGACAAAUUACAACCAUUUGUAGAUGGAGAUUGUACGGAUUGGCCAGAAAGAAUGGAAAAAGAAUUAAAAAAUUCCUUAGAUUCAUCUUUUUCAAGUUCUAUUUUAGAAUCCAUUGGUUGGACAUAUCGUAACAGUGCUGUUUCUUUCAUAGCAGAAGUAACAACACUAUGGGGAAUGGGUGCCACGGUUCCAAAUAUUCAAGCUCAGAAAAGAUCUGUUCAGAAUAAUUUUGGUUUGUGUACAUCCAUUAUUAGUACAUUUCUAACCAUGCAAAAAAUGGCAACUUAUAAUGAAAUGCAAAAUGCCAUUGAUCACCCUGAUUUUCAGAAAAAUCAAAAAAUCACAGGUGCUAAUGAAACAACAACAACCACAGCAACAACAGCAACGAGCAGUAAGAAUAAGAAUAAAGAAGAUAAUAAAUAUAUAGCUUAUAAUGAUGAUGAUGCCUUAAACAAUAAUAUAAAUGAUGAGUACUCAAGUGGAAGUCAUAGUGAAAGUAAAUCAUCCAACAAGUUCUCUGAUUUUUUUGGAGAUAUGCGAAAAGGGAAGAAAAAAAAAAACAAAACGAAAGACGCAAAUGAUGAAAAUAUCGACCUUACGGAUAAGCAGAAUGUGGAUGAGCAUAAUACCAAUUCAAGUCCUACUGCUGCUGGUGGUGCUACUGCUGCGGGUGGUACAACGACGAAUGCCUUCCAGAUGAAUGGAGUGAGUUAUUUAUUUAUACAUGAUAAUUCAUUUGAUAAGAAAUCAUCAAAUAAACAUUCUCGUGAUAGCAAACAAUUCAGUAGCAACAUAGACCCAUCGAAAGAUUUCAAUAGAGAUGCUUUUCUGGAAAAGAAAAGUAAUGAAGCCUUUGGAAUAAUUAUAAAGAACGUGCUGAAAAUAGUUCUAUGGGAUAUCGAAACAACCUUGAGAAAAGUAGCAGAAAAAGUUUUGCGUGAUGAAGGUGUUUCUAUUCAAAUCAGAUUGAAAAGAGCUAAGGCUCUAAAAGUUCUUGGAAAAAUAAUGCUAAAGCUGUCGAAAACAAAGAAAGAUAUGAGUGAUGCCAAAGAUUUUGACGUGAACCAGCUUUUCGAGACGGUCAUUUUGAAAGCUGCUGAGAAGGCAGCAGCAGCGGAAGAAGCUGCUACAUCUUCAGCAGCAGCAUCAUCAAAGGGUGAAGGAGGCAAAACUGAUUUUAAGCGGGAGAGUUCGUAG